GCGGCGUGGACGCGGCCACACAGCGGCUCCUUUAAGCCCCCGGCACCGCCCCCCCCGCCCCGCCCCCGGCGGCGGCCUGGGUCUGGUUGGCGGCGGGGUCGGGUCCGCGCGGACCGUGAUGGAGCUGCACAUCCUAGAGCACCGGGUGCGGGUGCUGAGCCUCGCCCGCCCAGGUCUCUGGCUCUACACUCACCCGCUCAUCAAGCUGCUCUUCCUGCCCCGCCGCAGCCGGUGCAAGUUCUUCAGCCUGACGGAGACCCCUGAGGAUUACACGCUCAUGGUGGACGAGGAGGGCUUCAAAGAGCUACCCCCAUCUGAGUUCCUUCAAGUGGCUGAGGCCACAUGGCUGGUGCUGAACGUGUCAUCUCACAGUGGUGCAGCCGUGCAGGCUGCCGGAGUCACCAAAAUUGCCCGCUCGGUCAUUGCACCACUGGCAGAGCACCAUGUGUCUGUCCUGAUGCUGUCCACUUACCAAACGGACUUCAUCCUGGUGCGGGAACAGGACCUGUCCGUGGUGAUCCACACACUAUCCCAGGAGUUCGACAUUUACCGGGAAGUGGGUGGGGAGCCUGUGCCUGUUGCCAGGGAGGAUUCCAGCAAUGGCUUUCCCCGUUCGCAGCAUGGGCCUAGUCCCACGGUGCAUCCCAUCCAGAGCCCCCAGAACCGCUUCUGUGUCCUCACAUUGGACCCUGAGACACUGCCAGCCAUCGCUACCACGCUCAUCGAUGUCCUCUUCUACUCCUACAGUGCCCCCAAGGAGGCAGCCUCUGGUGGUACUGGACCCAGCUCCAUUACAUUCUUUGCCUUCUCCCUCAUUGAGGGCUACAUCUCCAUCGUCAUGGACGCUGAGACGCAGAAAAAAUUCCCCAGUGACCUCCUGCUAACCAGUUCCUCAGGAGAGCUGUGGAGGAUGGUGCGCAUUGGUGGACAGCCCUUGGGCUUUGAUGAGUGUGGGAUCGUGGCCCAGAUUGCAGGCCCCCUGGCUGCAGCCGACAUCUCUGCCUAUUACAUUAGCACCUUCAACUUUGACCAUGCCUUGGUGCCUGAGGAUGGUAUCAGCAGUGUCAUUGAGGUCCUCCAGCGACGGCAGGAUGGCCAGAGCUCCUGAGGCCUCCACAUUCUCCCUUCACCCCAGGCUUCCAGAGACUUCUCUAAGCUAUUUCCUCAAGCUCUGGGAUGAGCCUUCCCCACCCCCAUUCCUGCCGGGGGACCCCCUCCUUCUGCUCUCUGUAUUAAGCUGCGUGAAGGCACCGGCUCUCAUGUGGACAUGCGUGUCUGCCCACGCAGGGGAACACGGUGCUCAGGGCUUUCCUCACCCCAUCACUCCCUGCGCGGCCUCAGUGUUUGCACAUUCCCUGCCUGAGGCCCGAGCCAUCCCCUCUCAGCACCCUGGGCCAGCCACUGGACAGGGUCCUUAUCUCCGUUCUGCCUCUGGCUGGGUUGCCUUCCCUGGCCAGGUGAGUUCUGACAGUGCCUGCCCCUCAGGGGGCCUCCAAGAAAAGUAUUUUUACAUCUUUCUCCCUUUUUUAUUGACUUGUUAAUAAAGGGCUUGUAGUUCUAAA